CCAAAUUAAGCUAGCUUUGACUAUUGCUUCGUGCUCAAGUAGUACGCCUGUGUGUAUAUAGUUCAGUUCUCUUGUUGCUUAAUUGCGGAGCUUUUCUCAAAGAGAAAAAAUAAAAGCCAGAGCUAUAUAUAUCCAGGUGAGAAGAGAGAGAGAGAGAGAGAGAGAGAGAGAGAUGGGCAAUUCUGCGAGCUCUUCCCAGCUCCCGGCCGGAGCCGACGGCCGGCGUGGUGUCGCUCGGAGCAGUAAAUCCGAAGAAGAAAACGAUGCGGCUUCGUCGUCGGUGGCUGUCAGAGCGGCCGUGAAGGUCGGCACGGCGGUGGCCAGGGCUGUCCUGAUGGUGUGCGGCGCCUGCAGCUCCGCAAAUUCUCUGAGAUCGGAGCAUCCGAUCGAGGAUGAUCGCCACCGCCGUGACAUGCUCGGCACGGCCGGCACGAUAGGAGUGGAAGAAAUAUUUGGUGGUGGACGAAAAGACAUAGCAGCUUUGACUGUUGCUGAGGAUCGUUUCUAUCAGCUUGGUGGCGAGGGGCGUGGCAUAGGUGGGGGAUACAGUAGGGGCAGCGGAGGUGACGAUAUUGGCGACACAACAGAAGAGGAUGGCAUAGGAGGAGGAGUCGGCGGCAGCAGUCGAGAUAGCGGCAUGACGGAGUGGGAUGGCAUAGAAAAAGAAGGGGGUGGCAUAGAAAAAGAAGGGGAUGGCAUAGAAAAUAGAGGAUUUUUUUUUUCAGUGAAAAAUUACCAGAAGAGUGCUCCAAGAAUCAUAACAUUCAUGACUUAUAAUGUUUGGAAACAAGAAGGGAAGAAUUUGCAAGAAAGGAUAAAAAAAAUUGGCAGUCUUGUAGAAAAGCAUUCCCCGGAUGUAAUUUUCUUUCAGGAAGUUACCCCUAACAUUAAUCGAAUGUUUCGAACUUUUGGCUGGUGGGAUGACUACAAUUGCUCAGAUUCAUCAGAGAAUGCUAUUGAAGGAGAUUUUUGCAUAGUGUUGAGCAAGUUCCCUAUCAAAGCAAAAAGAUGCGUAAGCUCGAUAGCGAGGAAACUCCCUGGAUGCGAGCUGAAUGUUGGCAUUGGCAGGAGAUUAUACGUCGCCAAUGGACACCUAAAAAGGCCCAAUCGUCCUGGAAUGCACUGCGAGAUACGUAAAACUCAAGCGAAGGAAGCGGUGAAAUUGCUCAACUGCUCACGAAAUGCUGUUUUCGGCGGCGACAUGAACUGGGAUGAGCAUAGAGAUGGCCAAUUUCCUCUCCCUAAACGAUGGGUUGAUGCUUGGACUCGUCUGAAACCUAACAACAAUGGAUGGACGUACGAUACCAAGUCGAACAAAUCAUUGAAAGGUCGAAAACUACUGCAGAAAAGGUUGGAUCGGUUCGUGUGCAAACUGAGGGACUUCACGUUGAAAGACAUCAAAAUAAUCGGGAACGAUGCAGAACCGCCUAGCGAUCACUACGGAUUGUUGUUGACUAUAUGCUAUAAGUAGCUACUGGAGUACUCUCUUAAGCAAGGUCAAGUACUCUAUCAAUAUUAAUAGCUGGUGUGCCUAUUUAUGUUUGCCUUUAAGAUAGAAAGAACUUUCUCCUUUUACUUUGCGGUUGCUUAAUCUAGUACGCAAAGAGUGACGAUAAGGUUAUG